UACACAUCUAAACUGACCCCCUGGCUUACAAGACAACAGAAUACCUACUAUAAAUACACUUUACAAGCAUUUUAAAAUGAAUUUAUCCUACUAUCUUUCUUUUCUUGUGAAACAAUGCUCAUAAACUUACUAAACUGGUCCUGGUGGAUUUCUUUGGUCCGCCGAAAAAAUCUUCUUUUCUUUUCCCUCUCUCUUUUUUUUAAAAUGAUCGAUGUGCCUGUGUCUAAUAGAUUAUAUGCUUUAUUGGGUUCAUCGCCUGAUGCACCAGAAAUAGCAAAUUACGCUGAAUUCAAACCCACUCUAUCUGAAAUAUCGAAUUAUGUAUAUUAUGCCUAUAAACCAUUGGGUAUCUCAUUUUGCUUCAUAAAAGACAAUGACACACUAAAACUGGAUGCUAUUGAUAUCUAUAACGGAAACACACGCGAUGGAUUCUCUCCUUUUCAUGCUCAAGAACAUUUACCGUGUGGAUUGACACCGACAAUGCAAGCACACCAAAUUGUUAGUUUAUUAGGUGAACCAGAUCGAAAGGGGGGCGGAGGACAGACUCGGACACCUUGUUGGAUUGAAUACAAAUUUAAUCAAAACUCUGGUAUUUUGAUUCAACUUCAUGGGUUUGAAUGGGAAGACCGCGAGAUGGGUUGGACAAGCUUUGUUCUCUAUUAACUUACCGAGUUCCCGGAUAGUUUGUAGCUUUGUGAUAAAGGAAAUCACAGUAGAUUAUGCAUGUGAAUGCAUUGGCCAUCAUGCUAUGUUUGUGCGUCCAUUUUACUAAAGUAGCUUUCAUCUGGGAAUAAAAUUCAAUGUUCAAUUGGAAAACACUUGAGAUAUUCAUGCCAGCAUUAUUCAAGAAAGUAUGUACCGAGUACAAAGAUGUAUAC